UGCCGAGAGACCGUCUCCCUCCCACCCAAUCGCAGCAGGCGCCGCCGCUCCGCCCGAGUUCUAUAUAAAGGGGCGGGCGGGGGCCGCGGGGAGCAGGUCUUUUUGUGGCGCUGCUGUGUUUGUUGAGUGGCUGUGAUGUCCGGUCGCGGGAAGCAGGGCGGGAAGGCGCGGGCCAAGGCCAAGUCGCGCUCGUCGCGGGCCGGGCUGCAGUUCCCCGUGGGCCGCGUGCACCGGCUGCUGCGCAAGGGCAACUACGCGGAGCGGGUGGGCGCCGGCGCCCCGGUGUACCUGGCGGCCGUGCUGGAGUACCUGACGGCCGAGAUCCUGGAGCUGGCGGGCAACGCGGCCCGCGACAACAAGAAGACGCGCAUUAUCCCCCGCCACCUGCAGCUCGCCAUCCGCAACGACGAGGAGCUCAACAAGCUGCUGGGCAAGGUGACGAUCGCGCAGGGUGGGGUGCUGCCCAACAUCCAGGCCGUGCUGCUGCCCAAGAAGACCGACAGCCACAAGGCUAAAGCCAAGUGAACG